AUGGAAAAAGAAGCAGCCAUGACUGAUGAUAAUAAAAUUCUCAUUGAGGUUAAGAAAAUCAGCGAUGAUGACGGAAGUGGUAGUAGUAAAACAGUAGUUAUAUCUGGGGGCGAUGAUGAGCUUCCUCAGAUGGAGUUGUUAAAUGAAGAUAAAGUGUCUUCUACUAAUAAGUUGCCAGCAGAACAACCAGUCGUUGAUUCGAAAGAGACUGCGUGUUCUAUAUUAGGCAAUGUUGAAGUAGAGAAGAAAAAUGAGAAAGGAAUGGAAGAGAUAGUUAAAGAACUUAAGAAAGUCCAGAAACAAAAUUCAAUAACUCAUUGUCUACUUUCUGUUAUGAUAUUGCUUACGGUAGCGUGGCAAUUAUCUGAGGUUUCACUCAUAUUAACGGUGAAGAAUAAGUUUACAAACCCUUUUAAGUCAGUUGGGAAUUUGAUUAAAGGGGCUAUCGCUGGUGGUGGUAUUGGGGGUGUUAGGGAAAGAAUUGUUGAAGGGAAAAGUAGCUGUGAAAAUGAUUCUAAAUCAAUAGUUUCAGAUUUUUGUUCGCAGAUUGAACCACCUCCUCUUCCCGAGCUAAGGAUUCCAGAUCUUGGGAAUAUGGACUUUCCUGGCUUAGGGUCAAAUGGUGGCAAUGAGGUUUAA